CUUUCCAAAACCAUUUACAUUUUCAGUAAUUCUUACACCCUCCUAAUGGCUUUUCCGAUUUCAGACUUGCCGACGGAGAUCCGAGCUGUGGUUGCGCCGCAGUCGGUGACGGUUUGCGAGCCCGGAGAAACCAGGCUUCCUUUGAAUCAAAUUCCAGGGGAUUAUGGGCUUCCUUUCAUUGGUGCAAUCAAAGACCGACUUGAUUUCUUCUACAACGAAGGUCGAGACGAGUUUUUCAAAUCCAAAAUCCAGAAAUACCAGUCAACCGUGAUUCGAACCAAUAUGCCACCCGGUCCUUUCAUCGCUUCCAACCCUAAGGUUAUCGCUCUCCUCGACGGGAAGAGCUUCCCCGUUCUUUUAGAUGUCUCCAAAGUUGAAAAAAGAGACGUUUUAACCGGCACUUACAUGCCUUCAAGGGACCUCACCGGCGGGUAUCGGAUGCUCGCAUACCUCGACCCUUCCGAGCCCAAACAUGCCAGCCUCAAACAACUUAUCUUUUUUCUAUUAAAAUCUAGCAGAGAUAAAGUGUUGCCCCAGUUUGAAUCUUGUUAUGCUGAGUUAUUCGAAACGGUGGAGAAAGAAGUCGGUGAGAAAGGCAAAAGCAGCUUUGAGCCACCUAAUGAGCAAGCUGCGUUUAAAUUCUUGAGUCUGGCUUUCUUUGGUUCGAAUCCGGCUGAUACUAAACUAGGAGUUGACGGUCCGAGUUUGGUUAAUAAAUGGUUACUGUUUCAACUCCAUCCAAUUCUCUCACUUGGUCUCCCAAAAUACAUUGAUGAUAUUUUACUCCAUACUUUUCCCCUUCCGGCGUUUCUCGUUAAAAAAGAUUACAAAAGACUGUAUGAUUUCUUCUACGAGUCGUCUGGUUUCGUUCAAGAUGAAGCAGAGAAAAUGGGUAUUUCACGAGAAGAAGCUUGCCAUAAUCUGUUAUUCACCGCAUGCUUUAAUUCCUUUGCCGGCAUUAAAGUCUUCUUCCCCAUCAUGGUUAAAUGGAUUGGCAGAGGUGGAGGGAAACUACACACUGAACUAGCACAGGAGAUCAGAUCAGUCAUUAAACUUAACGGUGGGAAACUAAGCAUGGCUAUCAUGGAACAGAUGCCGUUAGUGAAAUCUGUGGUGUACGAAGCUCUACGUAUCGAACCUCCGGUUCCGUAUAUGUACGGGAAAGCGAAGAAAGAUCUUCUGAUCGAGAGCCACGCCGCCGUUUAUGAAGUGAAAGAAGGAGAGAUGUUGUUUGGGUACCAACCAUUUGCGACGAAAGACCCGAAAAUAUUUGAGAGAGCUGAGGAGUUUGUCCCCGACAGGUUCAAGGGAGAGGACGGGGAGAAGCUGUUAAAGUACCUGCUUUGGUCGAAUGGACCCGAGACCGAGCAUACAACGGCGGCGAAUAAACAGUGUGCCGGCAAGGAUUUAGUGGUGCUGGUGUCCAGGCUCUUUGUGGUGGAACUUUUCAGACGUUACGACACGUUUGAGAUAGAACUCGGGGAGGCGUCCUUGGGGGCUGCAGUUACAAUAAUAACGUCGUUGAAACGAGGAAGCUUUGAGAGAGAAUAAUAUUUGUCUAUGUAAA